GCUCAGGCAUGUUUGCAAAAUGUCUGAGUUCCAACGCAGACCACUGAUUUGUUUGAUGUGUUGUUGCUCAGCGAUGGUCGUCAUGGUUUCCGGUGUUCGGUAAGGAUGUGGUCGACUGCUCUGAAAAACCUGAAAGAGGAAGACUCACAUCAUCGAAAACAGGAUGGAGAUCGCAUCAGCCUGCCUAAUGCUCUGCGCCUCGCUGAUCGUCACCCCCGACCGAUCUCAGUUCUUCCGGUAUGAAGAGAUCUCUCUGAAGUGUGCUGCCGACUCCAGCGACUGGACGGUGAAGAGAAAGACUUCCAGUAUGACUCCUGAGGCGUGUACAAAGCUCAGCUGGGGGAUCCCGGGCGAGUCGUCCUGCACCGUUAAAGAUGCCUACAUGAUAGACACCGGGGAGUACUGGUGUGAGUCUCCGCAGGGGGAGCGCAGCAACACCGUCAGCCUCCACGUCACAGCCGGCGUGGUGAUCCUGGAGAGUCCUGCUCUUCCUGUGAUGGAGGGAGACCGAGUGACGCUCCGCUGCUCCUACAAGGAAGAAGACGAACAGGAAGCUACGUCCGACUUCCCCGCCGCGUUCUUCAGAGACGGCGAGUUCAUCGGCUACGAGCCCGCGGGAGCGAUGGUCCUCCCACCGGUGUCCAAAAGGGACGAAGGCUCCUACAGGUGUCAGCACCCAACGAAGGGAGACUCCCCGCAGAGCCGGCUGGCCGUGAGGGCUCGGCCUGCAGAUGCUUCUCCUCCUCCUCCUCUUCCUCCUCUAAUGAAGCCUCUGCCCCGCCGGCUGCUGUGCUUCGUCCUGCUCUUCAUCUUCUACACGGCCAUCUUCAUAAUGUGUGUCUACAAGUACCGCAAGUGGGCUCGAG